CAGCCUGCUUUGUUCUAGCUGUCUAUACCAAUCAAAAUGGCCGCCAUCAUGAAGUCCUCCGUCCGCAGCUCCGUGCGCUCCACCGUGAGCAGCCGGUCUGCUCGCGUGGUGCCCCGCGCUGCCAUCGAGUGGUACGGCCCCGACCGCCCGAAGUUCCUGGGCCCCUUCUCGGAGGGCGACACCCCCGCCUACCUGACUGGCGAGUUCCCCGGCGACUACGGCUGGGACACCGCCGGUCUGUCGGCUGACCCGGAGACCUUCAAGCGCUACCGCGAGCUGGAGCUGAUCCACGCCCGCUGGGCCAUGCUGGGCGCUCUGGGCUGCAUCACCCCCGAGCUGCUGGCCAAGAACGGCAUCCCGUUCGGUGAGGCUGUCUGGUUCAAGGCCGGCGCCCAGAUCUUCGCUGAGGGCGGCCUGAACUACCUCGGCAACGAGAACCUGAUCCACGCCCAGUCCAUCAUCGCCACCCUGGCCUUCCAGGUUGUGGUGAUGGGCCUGGCUGAGGCCUACCGCGCCAACGGUGGCCCCCUGGGCGAGGGCCUGGACCCCCUGCACCCCGGUGGUGCCUUUGACCCCCUGGGCCUGGCUGACGACCCCGACACCUUCGCUGAGCUGAAGGUGAAGGAGAUCAAGAACGGCCGCCUGGCUAUGUUCUCCAUGUUCGGCUUCUUCGUCCAGGCCAUCGUGACCGGCAAGGGCCCCAUCCAGAACCUGGACGACCACCUGGCCAACCCCACCGCCGUGAACGCGUUCGCCUACGCCACCAAGUUCACCCCCUCGGCCUAAAUUUUUGGCCCUCGGCAGCUGCAUGUACUGGCGUGAUUGAGCGGAGAUGAAGAGGAGCGCGGUGUCGAUACAGUGUGAGCCUCUUUUCACAGGCUUAGGAGCGCGAGGGACGUGCGAUUAACCGAAGUGGCGGUGCUACGUGUGCUACGGAGGUUCAGUUUUGUGUUCGGGUUUUGCUUGCGGCUCAUGUCGCCCCCUUGAGAAGACUAAAAAUGGCUUGACGGCCACUGGUAUGUUGGUUUGCGAUUUGCCCUUGUUGUGUAACACGGCAAGGAU